UGACUUCGGCGGCCUGGUUGGGUUUUUUAUUAUUUUCAAAUUUCUGAAUCCAGCUUGAGCAAGAGAGCAAGAGAUCUCCGUAGACUGCGACUCGCUGGCUCUUGCUCCUAGAUGAUGCAGAGCGCAGCUGUCCCCGCGGAGGGGGCUGUCAAGGGGCUCCCGGAGAUGCUUGGUGUGCCGAUGCAACAGAUCCCCCAGUGUGCUGGCUGCAACCAGCAUAUCCUGGACAAGUUCAUCCUGAAGGUCCUGGACAGACACUGGCACAGCUCCUGCCUCAAGUGUGCAGACUGCCAGAUGCAGCUGGCUGACAGGUGCUUCUCCAGGGCCGGGAGCGUCUACUGCAAGGAGGACUUCUUCAAGCGCUUCGGCACAAAAUGCACGGCCUGCCAGCAGGGCAUCCCCCCGACCCAGGUGGUCCGCAAGGCGCAGGACUUUGUCUACCACCUGCACUGCUUCGCCUGCAUCAUCUGCAGCCGGCAGCUGGCCACGGGGGACGAGUUCUACCUCAUGGAGGACGGCCGGCUGGUGUGCAAGGAGGACUACGAGACGGCCAAGCAGAACGAUGACUCAGAGGCCGGAGCUAAGCGGCCCCGGACCACCAUCACAGCGAAGCAGCUGGAGACGUUAAAGAAUGCCUACAAGAACUCCCCCAAGCCCGCCCGGCACGUGCGGGAGCAGCUUUCCUCAGAGACAGGCCUGGACAUGAGGGUUGUACAGGUUUGGUUUCAGAACAGAAGGGCCAAGGAGAAGCGCCUGAAGAAGGACGCGGGGCGGCAUCGCUGGGGACAGUUCUAUAAGAGCGUCAAGAGGAGCCGGGGAGGCAGCAAGCAGGAGAAGGAGAGCUCUGCCGAGGACUGUGGGGUUAGUGACAGUGAGCUGAGCUUCCGAGAAGAUCAAAUUCUCUCAGAACUUGGCCACACCAAUAGGAUUUAUGGCAACGUGGGGGACGUUACAGGUGGACAGUUAAUGAAUGGGAGCUUCUCCAUGGACGGGACAGGACAAUCCUAUCAGGACUUGAGGGAUGGGAGCCCCUAUGGAAUCCCCCAAUCUCCAUCCUCCAUAUCGUCCCUGCCAUCCCACGCUCCUUUGCUCAAUGGGCUGGAUUACACGGUGGACAGUAAUUUGGGCAUCAUUGCACAUGCAGGGCAGGGAGUAAGCCAAACACUGAGAGUCAUGGCUGGGGGACCCACCUCUGACAUCUCCACAGGAAGCAGUGUAGGCUAUCCCGACUUUCCAACUAGCCCAGCCUCUUGGCUUGAUGAAAUGGAUCAUCCUCCUUUUUAAACAUCUCUCCUUCCCAACCUACCAGUCCUUCUGGCUUGAGAGAAUGUCUUCAAGGAUCAAAAGAGACUUUCCUUUUAAGGAUCAAAAGUGCACCAAUGUGAAUUUCCAUUAUUUUCAAUGGAAGUCCUUUGCUGAUCCAUAGGAGGUCGCGAGACCGCAUUAGGGCACUGUUUUCCCAGGGAAGUGGUGGGAGAGCAGCCUCCUCUUAGAACACAGCACAGGGGCGCAGAGCCUAGAGCGCUGGGGUGCUGGCUUGUUGGCUCCCUCCCCCGCCCUGCUUACAGGCUUUGGCUGCUCGGUGCUUGGUAACACGAGGUGACUGUCAGACCACCUUGGCCUUUGGGAACUCUGCUCUGACUGGUAUGUCUCAUGAGAUGCCUCCCGAACCACUGCUGUCGCCAGAACUGAGAUUUCUGAAGUAGAGGCAUCCCAGCCCUUGAGUAUAACAAAAGUGAUUUCUGGACCACCGUUAUUGAACCCUAAUUUUCAAAAUAAAAAAGUCACUUAUUAAAGGUCCGUGAAAACUUUGAUGGCCAGUUUGAUACUGAAAACAUGCUCCCUCCUUUUUUUUUUUUUCCUGUGGAAAGUAAGACUUCCUCCCUACCCAGAAAUACAAGCCAGAGAAUAUCUGUCAGUUUUUGUUUUUAAGAAAUCCCAUCCAUGUCACUGAAUCCCUGAUGGCAAGAAGUGGUUUUCAUUGCAGGUGACUCUGAGGCUGGAGCUGAGUGGCCCUGGACCAUCACAGCGACUGCCCAACGAGUCCCCCCAGUGCACAAUGUGCCUUUUUAAUUUGCUCGUAUCAUUUAUUCCAGAAGACAGGCUGUGGGUUACAAAAUGAUCAAAGCUAAAAUAUGGAGAGAACAGAACGACAAUCAGUGAAAAUGUUUGUAGACACAUUUGGAUUCCAGACUUGCAGUCUCUUUAGCCGAAUCAGCAGAUACCAGUCUCCCAGCAUUCCCCAUCCUGUAGGGUGAAAGGAUAGUGUGAGACUGUUUUGAAGGAGUUGGUUUAGAUGAGCUUGUAGCCCACCUCCACCUGCAGCCAACCCUCCCCAGCCCUUUACAAAUGAGAGCUUUCUCUGCUGUGCUAGCUUACUCACUGGAGUAUAGUCUUGGUCUCAUCCAAGUACUAGCAAUGCUUUUUUGCCUAUCUUGGUUGGAAGGAAUAAUUUAGGGUGCAACCCUAAAAUUGUCCAAAG